AUGCAGAAACCACCAGCUUUGGUUGAUUCUCUGAGCUAUUGGCCCGUGGCCCUGGGCCGGGUGUCUUCCAGGUACCGGGAGAGCGCUCCUCGCACCGACCCCACCUGGCGCUGGAGCAGGAAGCGCCCAACAGCCCUCAACAGCAGGCGCUGGGUCUUUGUGACUGGGGGACCCGAUGGCUUCAGGCAAGGCUGCCCCCAGUCGGGCCCAGGGCUGGGGGAAGGCUUUCUCCCCCGGAUUCAUCACGGAGCGCCCCAGCCCACCCCCAAGAAGAGUCAGAAAGCGCAGCCCAAGGCGGCAGAGGCGUUUCCCAGGCUGGCGCCAGCCCAGAACGUGCAAGAGCAUCUGAGUGGGCAACUGUGGGCGCGCUGUCCCGAGGUGGAAGACCUGCCUGUAGAGCUCUUGUUAAAGGUGCUGCAAGUUCUGGAUCCAGACAGGAAGUUGAAGUCCAUGUGGGCAUCUAGUCAUGACAUCAGCAAAAAAAGGAAGGAGCCCACAAUAUUUUUAAAACAAGAUUCUACACUCGUCUAUCCUGAACACACCAAGGAGACUUCAGCAUCACAUUCACACUCAUGGCUUUAUAAAGAGAAGACAAGUGAAACGGAUUCACAGCGUGAGGAUAGGCCUUGCCUUCCGGAAAGUGUGCGCAAAGAAGUCAGUGACUUUUGCAACUGGGCCAGUACUUUUGGAAGUUUGAGCAUCGAUGAAGAGUUCAUCCUGAAACAGUUUGACGUUGACUAUCGGAACGAAACAAGCUCUGAUGUGCUCCACGUGAUGAAACUCAACCAGGUCCCUCUGAUGCUGAAGAAGAGUGGGAGGCUAACUAAAAUGCAAGAGCCAGGACUUUGCCAGAAACCAGACCAUGAGCAGAAACUGCAGACGCUGCAGAACCCUUGUAAGCCAAAGUGGGUAAAAAUGAGGUAUGGAGCAUGGUAUCUAAACACCAAAUUGUGGAAAAAGCAAAGAGCAGAUGAACCUUUGGUUGAUCCCAAGGUUUUACUGAAAGCUCAAGAUGAGAAUGUUAGAAAGGAACUGCAGGAACAGGAGAAGUUGCUUGGAGACCUUCAUGGAGCAGCGGCCUUUAAGGAGUUCAUUCGAAGCAGGGGCUACAGGAUGCCCAGGUUCCUUGAGAAGAUGGAGAUCAGGAAGGAAAGCAAAAAGUGUCAUGAAACUCCACUAAAGUAA